UCAAAUUUUUAGAAACCCUUCUCUCUCUCUCUCUCUCUCUCUCUCUCUAUCUUUCUCCAUCUCCAUCUCCAUCCAUGGCGACCGAUCCCCACAAGGAGCUCUUCUCCUCCCUCGUCGCCGACAUCAAGACCUACUCCGGCUCCGACCCUCUCCGUCCAUGGCUUCGGGGUAUCCGGAGGUUGAAGGAGGCCCUCCCCUCCCGAUCCCUCAAGGAGAAGCUCCCCCGAUUCCUCCAGAAGUGCGCGCAAGCCUUUGAAUCGGACCGCCGCUACCGCGACGAUCCGCGCUACCUCCGCGUCUGGAUCGAACUGAUGGAUUAUGUGGAUGAUGCUAAGGUGCUGUUGAAAAAGAUGGAGAAGAAUCAGAUUGGCACAAAGCGAGCUAUCUUUUAUUUGGCAUCUGCUCUGUACUAUGAAAAGCAUAAAAAAUUUGAGAGGGCAGAGAAGAUAUAUCGACAGGGGGUUGAGAACCUUGCAGAGCCUGUUGGUGAGUUACAGAAAUCCUACGAGCAGUUCCUUCAUCGUAUGGAGCUGUGCAAGAAAAGAAAAGCUAAACUGCAGGAAGUGAUGCAUAAGAAGGGGAAGUUAAAUCUGAAAGGGUCAAGAGGAGAGGGGACUUUGAAUAAUUCUCUUCCCAACGCUGAUGCUGAGCAUCUUAAAAAAGUGGUGGAAAAACCUACGUUGGUAGGAGGAUUUAUUGGACCUAUUGAGGAUGGUAGUAAAGAUUUAAUUUCACUGGAAAAUAUACCACUUGAAAAUUCUGGAAACAUUUGUGACGAUUGGCUGGUUAGCAAUCCUCGGCAUUGUAGCGAGAAAGAUUUAGAAUCGACCAUUCCUAAAGUUAGAUCACAAAAUAAAAGAAAUCCUAAUAUUGAUAAGGAGAAGCUCAGUAGAUUUAACAGUGACGAUACAGUUGUUGUAAAGUUUGUAGAUUCUGCCAUCGUUGGAAAAUCAGAAGCAGAAGAUGCCUGUCAUCAUGGUCUUGUGGAUCCAACCAUAAACAUGAGGGAGGCCAUGAGUGCAAUUAACAACAUGUUUCGAGAGCCAUUGGAGUUAGAUCCAAGCAUAAGCAGAAGAUCACAGCGAAAUCGUGCAAAGUUGAAUCGACCAACUAGUGGGUUUGAGAUCUUUGUUGAUGAAGACGGGCCAAAUCCUAUCAGGGAAAAUCCCAAAUAUAGCCAAAGUGAAGCUAAACAUGAGAAAAGCCAACCCUUCAGUACAAAUUCCUCGAUGAAGCAAACAAAAAUAGAGUUACAAAAACCAUUUGUUGGCAUAUUUAAGAUGCUGGCUGAUGACGAGGAAGAAGAGAAUAGUGAAAACGAUGAUGAAGGAAUUGGUAGCUAUUUGCAAGGAUGUGAGAAGCCAAAAGGUUUAAAGGGUGACAUUGCCAAUGAUGUAACUAUGAUCAAUUACGGACUCAAUGAAGACACAGUGGUUCAUAGAUUUGUUGGAUCGGCAGUUUUCGGUGAACCCAAAGUGGAGAAUGCAUGCCACCAUGGUUUAGUUGAUCCCACUGUCAAUUUGAAGGAGGCUAUGGAUGAAAUAAACAGCAUGUUUGGGAAGCCGCUUAACUUUUUCAAGGGCGAGAAACCACGGGGAAAGCAAAGUAACAAGAGAAUGGAAUUAAAACCAGCUUCUUCUGAGUUCUCUAUUUUCGUCGAUGAAGAUUUGGGAGAAAAUAUAAAUGAGAAACGACAGGGAAAGCAGAGUAACAAGAGAAUAGAUUUAAAACCAGCUUCUUCUGUGUUCUCUAUUUUGAGUGACAAAGAUUCAAGAGAAAAUUCAAAUGGACAAGCUUUUACAAACACCUCGAAUAAAUUUGGAGGAGAAGUUGAUCUGUUUGAGCCAACAAUCUUUACUAGGGAGGCUAUGGCCGAGAUCAAUGAUUUGUUUGGAAAGCCAUUGGACUUCUAAUAUCAUAGAUUGCACAGAACAUUCUAAAUCCUUCCACAGAAACCUAGAUGUUGUCGGGAAGUUCUCCUUCCCUCCCGCUCUCUCUUGUUUUUAUCUUGACGCGACGAAAGCUUGUGUGAUGAGAAAUCUGUGUGCUCGGAUUAAUAUCCAUCAUUCAUGUAUUUGAUGUCUUAGAACUUACAAUAGCAAGGGGGUGGGAGAUCAGAACUGAUUGUUGUACUAACAGGUUUGUAGCAGUUGGCUCUGUUGUGGGAAAGGCAAAGAGCAUGUUGUUCGAACUCGGAACUGUGCCUCCGUUUAAGGCCUCUGGAGCUUAGAACACUCUUUUUGAGGAAAGAAACAGUUACAGUUACUGGUUAUCAUGUUCUUGCUAAAUGAACAAUUUCUCUGUUCUCAAGUUCAAUAGAAGAAUUACUAGAUUAAAGUUUUUGCUUA